UCCAUUUCAGACACAAAAACUAAACUAGAAAACAAAACCGCCGUUCAGUUUCUGUUAUCGCCGUCUUGUUCGAUCUUUGACUCAGCCUCUGCUCUCUUCCCUUCUCUUUGAGAUCUUCCUUUAAGGUAAAAAUGGAUUGAAAGUCUCUUCUUUCACACGCUACUUUUUUUGGUUCUUGCAUUCUUCUAGACUCAUCUUUUCGGAUGCUCCGAUCUGAAAUCUCUAUGUGUUUUUAGCUUAGAAAUUCUGGAUUUCCUUUAAUAUUUCCAUUUUCGUAAGAUUUGAGUAUUGUUUUCGUCCCGGAUCUCGCGUUCCAUGAUGAACUCAGCUAAUCUUAUGCCUGUUAUUAUUUUUGCUUCCUUGUUGUUUAAACUUGUUUUGGCUGCUGAUUAUGUUCCGACUGAGAAAAUCCUUUUAAAUUGUGGUGCGAAAUCGGAGGUUUCCGAUACCGAUGACCGGAAAUGGACUCCCGAUAAUGGGUCCAAGUUCUUGGUCGGGACCGGGAAUUCCGUUGCUUCCCAAGCCGCCACGCAAGAUCCCGCUGUCCCUGAAGUUCCUUACAUGACAGCCCGUGUUUUUCGCUCUAACUUCACUUACAGUUUCCCGGUUGUGCCUGGUCGGAAAUUUGUUCGGUUGUAUUUCUAUGCUAAUACGUAUGACGGUCGGAAUGCAUCCGAUGCUUUGUUUUCGGUCAGCUGUGGUACUUACACUCUUCUCAAGAAUUUCAGCGCUGCUCAAACGAGUGAAGCUUUGAAUUAUGCUUUCAUUGUUAAGGAGUAUUCGAUCAAUGUAGAUGACGACCAUUUGAACUUGACUUUCGGUCCAUCUUCAACUCCGUCGAAUGCGUAUGCAUUUGUCAAUGGGAUCGAAGUCGUGUCGAUGCCUGAUAUUUAUAGUACAUCUGACGGGAUUGCAGUUGUGGGCCAAAGUACUCCGUUCACCAUCGAUAACAGCACAGCGCUCGAGAAUGUCUACAGGCUGAAUGUUGGCGGAAAUGAUAUCUCGCCUUCUGGUGAUACGGGUCUGUUUAGGUCUUGGUAUGAUGACCAGCCAUACCUGUUUGGAGCUGCAUUUGGAGUUGCUGGAGCUGCCGAUCCGAAUGUCACUAUCGAUUACGGAACCACACCUACUUUUAUUGCACCGAAGAAUGUGUACGCCACUGCUAGAUCCAUGGGGCCGGAUGCUGCGAUAAACAAUAAUUACAAUUUGACCUGGAUGUUCAGUGUCGACUCCGGAUUCUCAUACAUGGUUAGGUUACAUUUCUGUGAGUUUACGGAGAACAUCACUAAGGUUAAUCAGAGAGUGUUCAAUGUGUUCUUAAACAAUCAAACGGCUGAGGCUGGGUUUGAUGUGAUUGCCAUGGAAAAUGAACAAGUUGGUGUUCCUCUGCAUAUGGAUUAUGUUGUUAUUGUUCCUGGAGGAAAUUCUCAGCAAGAUCUUUGGCUUGCAUUGCAUCCGAACACGACUGACAAACCCCAGUAUUAUGAUGCAAUCUUAAAUGGUGCGGAGAUAUUCAAGAUAAGUGAUCUGAAUAGCAACCUCGCAGGGCCUAAUCCGAUCCCUGGUCCAAAACAGGAUGUAAUUGAUCCAUCACUGGCUUUGCCUUCUCAUCAAGGUCACUCGAAUCAGAAGGCAAUCAUAGCCGGGGGAGUAAGUGGUGGGGUGGUUCUAGCUCUCAUUAUUGGUUUCUGUGUUGUUUCUGUUUCUGUUUCGCGUCGUCGUAGGCACGGAAAGGAUCCUAGCUCAAGUGAUGGUCCGUCAGGAUGGCUUCCUCUUUCAUUGUACGGAAAUUCGCACUCUGCUGGUUCAGCAAAGACAAAUACCACUGGGAGCUAUGUUUCCUCCCUCCCUUCGAACCUUUGCCGUCAUUUCUCAUUUGCGGAUAUCAAGGCUGCUACAAACAACUUCGAUGAUUCUUUAGUUCUUGGGGUGGGAGGUUUUGGCAAAGUUUAUAAGGGAGAAAUCGAUGGAGGGAUAACUAAAGUUGCAAUAAAGCGCGGCAACCCACUAUCCGAGCAGGGUGUGCAUGAGUUCCAGACUGAGAUUGAAAUGCUUUCCAAACUCCGCCACCGUCACCUUGUUUCGUUGAUUGGUUACUGUGAAGAGAACUGUGAAAUGAUCCUAGUUUAUGAUUAUAUGGCAUACGGAACAUUGCGCGAACAUCUCUACAAAACCCAGAGGCCGCCUCUUCUGUGGAAGCAAAGGCUUGAGAUAUGCAUCGGUGCUGCUCGUGGUUUACACUAUCUUCACACCGGGGCUAAGCACACUAUCAUUCACCGGGAUGUGAAGACGACCAACAUUCUUCUGGAUGAGAAGUGGGUAGCAAAAGUUUCUGAUUUUGGAUUGUCAAAAACCGGCCCGACAUUAGAUAAUACUCAUGUGAGUACCGUUGUCAAGGGUAGCUUUGGCUAUUUGGACCCCGAGUAUUUCAGGCGGCAGCAGCUAACCGAUAAAUCUGAUGUUUACUCAUUUGGGGUUGUCCUCUUUGAGAUCCUUUGUGCACGUCCAGCGUUGAAUCCUACGCUGCCUAAGGAGCAAGUGAGCCUUGCGGAGUGGGCUGCACACUGUCACAAGAAAGGCAUCCUUGAUCAGAUAAUGGAUCCAUAUCUGAAAGGGAAGAUAGCACCGGAAUGCUUCAAAAAGUUUGGCGAGACUGCAAUGAAGUGCGUGGCUGAUCACGGAAUCGACAGGCCAUCCAUGGGUGAUGUGCUUUGGAACCUGGAGUUUGCUUUGCAGCUGCAGGAGAGUGCCGAAGAGAGCGGAAAGGGAAUCGGUGAGAUCGGCAUCAAGGAUGGCGCUUACGAUGAAACCUGCACGGGCAAGAAAGAUCCUAAUGCAUCCCCUGGUCUUGAUAUCAAUGCAAUGGAUUCGAGGAGCAGCGGCAUGAGCAUGAGCAUCGGCGGUCGCAGCCUAGCUAGUGAAGACUCCGAUGGGUUGACACCAAGUGCAGUUUUCUCACAGAUCAUGAACCCGAAAGGGCGUUGAGAUGAGCCGAUCCGAUACACGCAACUGCUAUUGUAAGUUACUUAGAUCAUGGAAUCAAAAUUCGGCUUUCGUUGUUGUUGUACUCAGUUACUUAAUAGUAAUAUACAUACAUAGAUUUAUUUACAUCUUAAACUGGACACGUUCUGAUGAAACAAGCAAUCAAGUUGUAGGUCUGAAAGAGUGUAAAAUAAUGGGUUGAAGCGACAUUUGCAUUUACC